UCCGAACCAUCGUUUAUAGCAAAAAGUGAAGACAGAUUAUUCAAAUACUUAUUUCAGCAACAAGAUUACCAGAAGUGGGUUCGUCCAGUUGAACACUUAAAUGACACUGUGAAAGUGAAGUUUGGCCUUGCUAUUACACAGCUUGUGGAUGUGGAUGAGAAAAAUCAACUGAUGACCACAAACGUUUGGCUUAAACAAGAAUGGGUAGAUGUCAAACUAAGAUGGGCUCCAAGUGAGUUUGCUGGGAUAACUUCAAUACGGGUUCCAUCCGAUUCUAUCUGGAUUCCUGAUAUUGUUCUUUAUGACAAUGCUGAUGGUCGUUUUGAAGGCUCUGUGACAAAAGCUGUAGUGAGAUAUGAUGGCACGAUAAACUGGACCCCACCUGCAAAUUAUAAAAGUUCUUGUACAAUUGAUGUAACAUUUUUCCCCUUUGAUCUGCAAAACUGUUCCAUGAAAUUUGGUUCUUGGACUUAUGAUGGAUCACACGUUGAUAUCAUCCUUGAAGACUAUGAUGUAGACAAGAGAGACUUCUUUGAUAACGGAGAAUGGGAAAUAGUAACUGCUACAGGAAACAGGGGGAACCGGACAGAUGGCUGCUGUUGGUACCCCUUCAUCACCUAUUCUUUUAUCAUCAAACGUUUGCCCCUGUUUUAUACUCUUUUCCUCAUUAUUCCUUGUAUCGGACUAUCCUUUUUAACAAUUCUUGUUUUUUAUCUUCCUUCCAAUGGGGGGGAGAAGAUUUCUCUUUGCACCUCUGUGCUAGUAUCUCUGACUGUUUUCCUCCUGGUGAUUGAAGAAAUCAUUCCAUCAUCUUCCAAAGUCAUCCCUCUUAUUGGAGAAUACCUAGUGUUUACCAUGAUAUUUGUGACUUUAUCAAUUGUUAUAACAGUUUUUGCCAUAAAUAUUCACAAUCGAUCUUCUUCAACACAUAAUGCAAUGGCACCAUGGGUUCGAAAAAUCUUUCUGCACAAACUUCCUAAACUGUUAUGUAUGAGGAGCCAUGUAGACAGGUACUUUACAAGAAAUGAAGACACUGGUAUAGUGAAUGAACCUGAGAAAUCUAGAAACACAUUAGAAGCAGCUUUGGAUUCUAUUCGAUAUAUAACGAGGCAUGUGGUAAAGGAACAUGAAGUUCGUGAGGUUGUGGAAGACUGGAAGUAUGUUGCUCGAGUUCUGGACCGUAUGUUUUUAUGGACUUUUCUUCUGGUUUCAGUUAUUGGGUCUAUAUUUCUAUUUAUCCCUGUUAUACACAAGUGGGCAAAUAUUAUUGUGCCUGUACAUAUUGGGAAUAUGCAUGGAGACAGGACUACAUAG